AUGGCUUUACCCCUGGUUCGACUCAAUGCAUGCGUUAGAACACCUGCGUUUAUAAACGUUAAUAAUUCCACUCAAACUGUCCCGGACUGCGUUUAUCGUGGCACUUCUGAAGGAUACUCAGCUGCCACACAGGAUAAAGUCUCUCACACCACCGGGCUCCAAGCAAUUGAGCGAUUGCGCAAGCGACUUGAUGCUAUUGACGAGCACACUCGGGAGAUCCGCAGUGCUCGACACAUCUUGUUGAGGAGAGAGCAACUACUGGUCCAAGAGCGUGACGAGCUUGUGGAAUGUCUUAAUUCCAUUGAAGUAGCAUUUUUAACAAAGAUCCCUGCUUACCCCAAUAGUAGUCUGCGACCGGUCGUCCCUCAUGAUGAUGUGACCAGUUCAAUCCGGUGCAAGUUCAAACUCCCAAAUAACAAACGUCGGGCCAUCUCAGACUCGUCGGAUCGACCUACAGUCCGCAAAAGCCCUUUCCACUCGGACGACCGAGUGAACAAUAUGGGUGUCUCAAACUUCGCUCCACUUGCUUCACUUGAAACCGAACCUACUCUAAUCAUGGAAUGUCCUUCUCACUUACUCGAACCGUCAAAAUCACUUCCUAGACCGCCACCCUCACCCGUGUCCUUUGCGAAAACCUCAGGCUCUUCAUCAUGGUCCCCAAGGAUGACUCGAGGAGUCACCAGGUUUUCGCCUGGAAGUAGUACUCCGCGCAUUGGUCGUAGCCGUAGCUCUAGCCCUUUGACCCAGAUGUUUCCACCCCCCGUCCGCCCUAGCCCUAAAACUCCCGUUCCUACCACGGGAUACAAUCCCCCUGUUGCACAUACCAACUCCGCGGAGACCCGCCAUUCGCUGGUACCCGAGUCCAACCUUCAGCCGGAGUCGACACAUCAAGAUGAUAACCCGGACUACCCCUCAACUCGACUCUCUGGACCGCAGAAAGGGUCUAUACCAAUCUAUUUAAUGCUCAAUAGCUCUUCCUCUGGUUGGAGUCUGACACACAUGGGCCCAGAACGCACACCUUCUCCUCUAAUGAGUACUCCUAGUUUCUGCCAGACCGAAGAACUCGAUUUACAGACAAAAUGCGAGGAGCUUAAAAAACUAGCAGAAUCGAAGGAUCAGGACACCAGGGAAAUAUACGAGAAGGCGUCUUGUAAUUUGGAUGGGCCCGCAUCCAGAACGAGGGCUCGUGUGAGUGGGGCUGGGGCUGGGGCUUGCAUGAACAAGGGAAAGAUGCGCGCAUGA